UCAGUUGAAUUCAGUUGGUUUUUGGAAACCGAUCGUGGCGGAUGGUUUUAUUUCUACUUCUCGUAAAUCCUACAAAGAUACACCUCUUACAGUUAAAAGAGAGGAUUUGAAAGCUUUUUUUUCAAAUAAAUACAUUUUUGCCAAACUCUUUGAAAAAAGAGAACAAGCAAUUACAAAACACCAAUUUUCUCCUGCAGACUGUCAUCCGCCCAACCAUUGCCGUCUACUCAACUGUGAACCCAAAGAAUUUGUCUUCAUUAAAUUAAUUAUAAACUAAUAUCAAUUUGUACCUAAUUAAUUAAUUAACAACUAGUUACCUGUACAACUGGCCAAUCGAGGAAGAACCAUCCAACAGUACAAUGGAAGAUGACACCAGUCCAAUGGACAAAUUUUGUGGAUCAGAAUUUUGGAAUCUUAAUCGAACCUGGUACACAGAGGAUCCUGAUUUCACACCAUGCUUCGAACAAACAAUUCUUGUGUGGGUCCCCUGCGCGUUUUUGUGGAUUUUUAUGUUCUUAGAAUUAUACUACUUGCGUGCGAGUUUAGAUAGAAACAUCCCAUGGAAUUUCAAAAACCUGUCUAAAGUGAUACUACAUGUUGGACUGUUAGUGUUGUGUGUAGUUGACUUUGUAAGUGCACUUACAGUGAGCAGUUCCACAACAGAUGUGAUAUUCCCAGUUGAUAUCUGGGGACCUGUUAUUAAAUUCUUCACUUUCGCUGUGGCGACUUCUCUAGUUUUGCUUAAUCGAAAGUUUGGUGUCCAAACUUCAGGGACUCUGUUUAUGUUUUGGCUAUUUUUGGUAAUUUUUGCAAUUCCACAAUGCCGAACAGAGAUUAGAGAUAAUGCUGAUCGACACAGUGGUAGUUUGGAAGCGACUGGGACUGCGACGAAGGAGCAACACUCUUGGGCAGAUCGUAGAUUCACUAGUUUCAUGAUUUACUUUGCUCUGUCAAUUGCCAUAUUGGUUUUUAAUUUCUUUGCUGAUAAUAUGCCAAGGGAGACGAAAUACACAAGAUCAAAGAAAGAAAUUCCCGAGCUGUCGGCGAGUUUCCUGUCGCGCAUUACGUACUCAUGGUUCGACAAAAUGGCCCUCAAAGGCUACCGUAACCCACUCGAAGAGAAAGAUCUCUGGGAUCUUCGUCCACAGGAGAGUUCCAAGGAGGUUAUGCCAAUCUUCGCCAAAUACUGGAACCGAAAUGUUCGCAAGAAUUAUUCAGUAGAAAAUCGCAGCCCAAAGGCUCAAUUCACCAACGGCAAUGUUACCUUUGAGAAUCCUCACGGUUCAAAGACCAAAGGCUUCGCUUCUAUAAUGCCACCAAUUGUCAAAUCAUUCGGUGGAAUUUUUCUGUUUGGAUCGUUCCUUAAAGUUGUAUGUGAUAUGUUAACCUUUGCAUCUCCACAAAUCCUGGGAUGGAUUAUAAAAUAUGUCGAGAACAAGGCUGAUGACCAAAAAGAACCAGAACCCGAAUGGAAGGGUAUAUUCUAUGCUGUUUUAUUGUUUAUUUGUGCUGCUGUGCAGACAUUCUUCCUAUCGCAAUAUUUCCAAAAAAUGUACAUUGUGGGUUUAAGGAUUCGGACGGCCUUGAUAAAUGCCAUCUAUCGCAAAGCUCUGAUAAUUUCAAACUCGGCGAAGAAAGAAUCGACAGUUGGUGAAAUUGUCAAUUUGAUGGCUGUCGAUGCUCAGCGUUUCAUGGAAUUGACAACGUAUUUGAAUAUGUUGUGGUCGGCUCCGUUGCAAAUCAUACUCGCUCUCUAUUUCCUAUGGAAUCUUCUUGGAAUUUCUGUUCUAGCCGGUUUGGCUGUUAUGAUCAUAUUGAUUCCCAUCAAUGGAGUUAUUGCGAAUCGCAUUAAAAUUCUCCAAGUCAAACAAAUGAAGUACAAAGAUGAUCGUGUCAAAUUGAUGAACGAAGUUUUGGGUGGAAUUAAGGUUUUGAAAUUGUACGCUUGGGAGCCAAGUUUUGAGGAACAAGUCUUGGAAAUUCGUGACAAAGAAAUCGAAACACUAAAAUCUGCGGCCUACUUAAAUGCUGGAACAUCUUUCCUCUGGUCUUGUGCUCCGUUCUUGGUUUCAUUGGUGACAUUCUCUUGUUACGUGUUAAUCGACGAGAAAAAUUACCUAACAGCCGAUAAAGUUUUUGUAGGAAUAACACUCUUCGAAGCAUUGAAAUUACCAUUGUCAACUUUACCAAUGCUUAUGGUUGACAUCGUUGAGACUCAAGUUUCUGUGAAACGUAUCAAUAAGUUCUUGAAUAGCGAAGAAUUAGAUCCCGAUUGUGUGGGACAUGAUAGUUCAUUACCUCAUCCAAUGUUAAUCCAAAAUGGAACCUUUUCUUGGGGUGAUGAGAAUGCAAUUCUCAAAAACAUUAAUAUGGAAGUGAAGAAGAACUCUCUCGUUGCAAUUGUGGGUACAGUUGGUUCGGGUAAAAGUUCUAUUAUCUCUGCAUUCCUAGGAGAAAUGGACAAGCUUAAUGGGCGCGUGAAUACUGUAGGAUCUGUAGCCUAUGUUCCACAACAGGCGUGGAUCCAAAAUGCCACACUUCGUGAUAAUAUUCUCUUUGGCAAGGAAUACGAUCGUAAGAGGUAUCAAAAGGUCAUUGACGCUUGUGCUUUGCGAUCAGAUAUUCAAAUGUUGUCUGCUGGUGAUAAAACAGAAAUCGGUGAGAAAGGUAUCAAUUUGUCCGGUGGACAGAAGCAAAGAAUAUCUUUGGCCAGAGCUGUGUACAGUGAUUCGGAUUUGUAUUUAUUGGACGAUCCUUUGAGUGCUGUCGAUUCACAUGUGGGAAAACAUAUUUUCGAAGAAGUCAUUGGGCCAACUGGUCUCUUGGCUAAAAAAACUCGUGUCCUAGUUACCCACGGAAUCACUUAUCUACCUAAAGUUGAUAACAUCUAUGUUUUGAAAGAUGGUGAAGUGAGUGAAGAUGGAACAUACUCAGAGUUGUUGAACAAAAAGGGAGCCUUCUCUGAAUUCUUAAUUCAACAUUUAACUGAAAGCAAUGCCGAAGAAGAUGAAUUAGAGGAAAUCAAGGAACAACUUGAAAAAACUGUGCAAUCAGAAGAAUUGAGAGGCAAGUUGGAGCGAGUCAUUAGUCGAGCAAGGAGUGAGAGUAUUUCAGAAACAGCUUCAAUUCGAUCAUUUGGCAGUGACAAAGGUAGCAUACGUAAACGUAAAGUUAACCGACAAGAUUCUGUGAAUUCGGCUGUUUCAAAACUUUCCGAUAAAUCAUCACAUGCCAAAGAUGAUGGUAAAUUGAUUGAAAUUGAAAAAUCUCAAACAGGAGGUGUCGACUUUGCUGUCUAUAAACAUUACAUCAAGAGUAUUGGUGUUACAUUAGCCGUCUCAACAAUUCUAUUGAAUUUCCUAUUCCAAAUCUUUGCCAUUGGUUCGAAUUUGUGGCUCACAAAAUGGUCAACCGAUCAAGGAGCUCAAACUGAUACAGGACUAAGAAAUAUGUACUUGGGUGUUUAUGGUGCAUUUGGUUUUGGACAAGGAAUAUUUUCGUAUUUCGCAAUUGUUGUACUUUACGUUGGAUGUUUGAGAGCUUCAAAAAAUAUGCACAACGGUUUACUUAAGAAAAUUAUGCGUGGUUCGCUGCCAAAUUUCUUCGAUAUUACACCAGUUGGUCGGCUGUUGAAUAAUUUUAGUGCCGAUAUGGAAACAAUCGACGAAGAUGUUUCAGCAUCAUUGGAUUCGUUAUUGACGUUUAUAUUUAUGGUUUUGGCAACAGUUGUGGUCAUUUGCAUAUCAACGCCAAUAUUCCUUGUUGCAAUUGUGCCAAUUGCCCUAAUUUACUACUUCGCUCAACGCUUCUAUGUUGCAACAUCAAGACAGCUCAUGCGUCUGGAAUCAGUUACAAGAUCACCAAUUUAUUCACAUUUUAGUGAGACUGUUACUGGAGUGACAACAAUUCGUGCUUAUGACGUUGGACAAAGAUUUGUCAAUGAAUCCGAUAAUCGUGUGGAUCUCAACCAACUAUGCAAAUACCCAAGUGUCAUCGCUAAUCGUUGGUUAGCCGUUCGAUUGGAAAUGAUUGGUAAUUUAAUUAUCCUCUUUGCUUCACUCUUUGCUGUCCUCGGUGGUCAGACAAAUGCUGCUCUAGUUGGUUUAUCUGUGAGCUAUUCACUUCAAAUUACCCAAACCCUUAAUUGGUUAGUGAGAAUGACUUCUGACAUAGAGACAAACAUAGUUGCUGUGGAACGUAUCAAGGAAUAUGGUGAAACCAAACAGGAAGCACCAUGGGUUAUUGACAAUGUCAAGACACCACAAGGUUGGCCUCAAGAAGGUCGCGUUGUAUUCGAGAAUUACAAGGUCAGAUAUAGGGAGGGACUUGAUCUUGUUCUGAGAGGUGUUAACUUUGAUAUCCGUGGUGGAGAAAAAGUGGGAAUUGUCGGACGGACUGGAGCUGGUAAAUCCAGUUUAACCUUGUCUCUAUUCAGAAUCAUUGAAGCAGCUGAAGGCCGUAUUCUUAUCGAUGGUGUCGAUAUUUCAACACUUGGUCUACACAUGUUGCGUUCGCGUCUCACAAUUAUCCCACAAGAUCCUGUUUUGUUCUCAGGAUCAUUGCGUAUGAAUUUAGAUCCAUUCCAAAAGAAUUCAGACGAUGAAAUUUGGUCAGCUUUGGAAUUGUCACAUUUAAAGACGUUUGUUAAAGGAAUGACAGCCGGUUUAAAUCAUGAGAUAAGUGAGGGUGGUGAAAAUCUGUCAGUGGGCCAGAGGCAAUUGGUUUGUUUGGCUCGAGCUUUGUUGAGGAAGACCAAGGUUUUGGUAUUGGAUGAAGCAACCGCCGCUGUUGAUUUGGAAACUGAUGAUUUAAUUCAAAAAACAAUUCGCUCCGAGUUCAAGGACUGCACCGUCCUUACCAUCGCCCAUCGUUUGAACACCAUUCUCGAUUCCGACAAGGUCAUUGUUCUAGACCGUGGUGAGAUCAUUGAAUUUGAUUCACCCACUUCAUUGCUUGAAGACAAGAACUCAGCAUUCUAUAGCAUGGCCAAGGAUGCAAAUCUGGUGUAAAUACAAAAUCAAAAUUAAAAGUUACUUAAAAAAAAAAAAAAAACAAAACAAAAAAACUCAACUCAAGGAAAAUUCCUAAACUACAACACUUUUUGUAUUGUAAAUUUAAAACAACAACAAAAUACAUACAUAUAUCGAAUUUUUACUAGCAAUAUAUUAUAAUAUGAUAAAAAUAUCUGCGAUAAGAAAAAACAACAAAACAAAAACACCAACUUACUUAAGAAUAUUAUAAAAUAGUAUGCAAAUCAAAAUCUAGUUCAAUUGAAAGUUUAUCCACACCAUAAAACCCUCCAAAUCAAGUUUUUUAUUUAUUAUUUUUUUUAAACUGUAAUAUUUGUAAAAAAAGUAAAAAAUGUUAAAUUUUGUUCUUUAUUAUCUUUUAUAGUUUUCAGUUUUUUU